UAGGUUGGCUUUCGGGAAGUACUUUUAUUGCCUUCUCUUCCUCAGUACAGUGGGCACUGUAAGCGUCGAGGUGAGAGGAGGUUUCUCCUCUAAUGAGAGUGGGCACUGUGAGCUUCGGGCUGAGAGAGGACGUUUCUGCUCCAAGAACUCUAAGGGGCUCUGUGAAUACACUCUGGAUGAGUACAUUAAUACACACCUGUCCAAGGACGACACUCCUGCCCUGAUUAAAAUCACUGAAGAGGUGCUCCGCAGUUUAAGUGUCCUUCAUGGUCCAACUACCAAAGUCCUUCAUCGGGAUAUCAAACCUCAGAAUGUUUUGAUAGGUAUCAAAGGAAAUGCAAAAUUGGCAGAUUUUGGCAUAAGUCGCAGACUGACAGUGGAACAAACAACUCUACACACAGUCCCUGCGGGAACAAAAUGCUGGAUGGCCAAGGAGACAUUAGACAAACAAGGCUCUGGAUAUAAGAGGAGCUCUGAUAUACAGGUGGCUGGGAUGUUGGUAUACUACAUCCUUUCUGGUGGACACCACCCCUUUGAAGGUCCACUUGGUGAUGAACUUGAACAGAAUCGAAACAUAAUCAAGGGGACUUACACACUAGAACAUGUGGCAGACGAGGUGGCAAAGGACCUCAUUGAGUGGAUGAUCAAUGAAGACCCUGCUGGGAGACCUACAGUGGAGGAGACCCUGAAUCAUCCCCUCUUCUGGAAACCACAGAGGAGAUUGGAUUACUUGAUAAAAAUUGGGAAUCAGGAGGAGGCAGAGAACCAUCGUAAUGCUGACCCAGAGCUCGUUCAAGCGCUAGACCAAGGUGUUGAGACGAGAUCCUUCUAUCAGUGGAAAUCCAAGCUGCCCCCUUUGUUGAUCCAGAAGGUGGAAGGUAAAAGGAAGGCCUACGCUGAGAACACAUUGGGGUUACUGCGCUUCAUACGCAACCAUGAUGCACACUACACUAAGGUUGCGGAUAAGGAUGCAGAUGCGGCCUGCUGUGUUUGCAAAGAUCUGGUGACAACGUUUCCUGAUCUCUUUGGAUGCGUUUACAAGUUUGCUAAGGAACAGAACUGGAAUACAAGUCGACCUGAUCUCUGCAUUUUUUUUAAUGCAGAGGAACUAAGCUCAUGAUGCUGACAUAUACAGUGGGGCAAAAAAGUAUUUAGUCAGCCACUAAUUGUGCAAGUAUUCCCACUUAAAAAGAUGAGAGAGGCCUGUAAUUAUCAUCAUAGGUACACU